ACCCUAUAUUGCUAGAAGCACCUUGGGGCCGCGAUAGUUGCGGCGAGAGUGUCUAGGCUUCGCGUCCGCGGGCAAACCCGGUCGCUCCGACUUGCCAAAUCAUAAGUUGUGCUUCACUCACACCAAAGAAGCUAACAAAGGGAUAAACGGGAAAGGCAACUGCUCGGAAAGGUCAGCGCACAUCGUGCCUUGCAACACUUUCGCUCCAGCCAGGCCACCGGUUAAAAAAGCCACGACAGGAACCGAAAGGCCCGGAGUAGCCGUAGCAGCGCCAGAUCCGAACAGCGCGAUGUCGGGCCGGGCGGGCAAGCGCGCUCGCCCCGACUCGGAGGCGGAGGAAGCUGAGGCCGCUGGCGAGGAAGCCGGCGGCAGUCCCAUGAGUGUAGGUGAGGACGCCGAGGAGGCUGCCGCCCCGGACACGGAGGGAACGGAGGUGGAUGACGAGGCCGGCGCCGCGCCGGAGGCGCAGCUCGACGCCGGCGGCGCCGAGGCCGCGGACGAGGCGGCGGAGGCGGCGGAGGCGGCGGCGCAGGCCGAGGACGCGGCGGGCGACGAUGCGGGGGAUGGCGGCGGCGGCGCCGCCGCCGGCGGUACAAGUCGCAGUCGUAGCCGGGCGCGCGGCCGGGGCCGCAGCAAGUCCAUGGGGGCGGCCGGCGGCGGCGCAGCCGCGCCGGCGGCCGCCGCCGCAGGCGGCGGCGGCGGCGGCGGCGGCGGCGCCAGCCGCAGCCGCGCGCGCAAGUCGGUGGACCCGGCGCUGGCGGACGUGAGUCCAGAGGCAGCCGCCGCCAUUGCCGCGGCCGUGGCGGCGGGCACGGAGACGGGCCGGCCGGGGCGCGCGGUACGACAGAAGGUGGUGAAGUACCGCGAGAACAAGAUCGAGUACGACUGGGAGCGGGAGGGGUUCAAGGAGGCGGCGCCUAAGGAGGAGCGGCCCGGGCGCGGUGGCGGCGGCGGCGGCAAGAGUGGCGGCGGCAAGGGCGGCAAGGGCGGCAGCAGGAGCGGGCGGGGCAAGGGCAAGGGCAGGGGCGGCGGCGAGGACAGCGAUGAUGAGGACGGCGCGGGCGAUGCGCCGCCGGACGGCGAGGACGGGUGGGACACGCACUGCAAGGUCUGCAACAGCGACGCCGACAUCGAGAAGCUGCUGUGCUGCGACGGCGCCUCCUCGCUGGGCUGUACGGCGGUGUACCACAUGUACUGCCUGGACCCGCCGCUGAGCCGCCUGCCGCCCGGCGACUGGUUCUGCCCCGAGUGCGCACACAAGUACACCUACCAGGACAUUGAGCGGGUGCUGGACUACAGGGACGUGCCUCUGUCCGGCGAUGAGCCGACGACUGAGCGCCGCCGCCACCACCACCACCAUCACCAUCAUCACGACCACCACCACCAUUCCACAGGCCCCCUGCGACGCGAGUUCCACGUCAAGUGGAAGGGUGAGUCGUACAUCCACUGCACCUGGGAGCCGGAGGAGGACAUCGCCAAGAUGUACAAGAUGUUUCCGGCCAUCAAGCAGAAGGUGCAGCGCUUUUGGCGCGCCCGCGAGGCGGGCCUGCUGGCGGGCGGCGGCGGCGGCGGCGGUGGCGACACGGCCGCCGCCGCCGACCUGCGCGAGGCUGAGGAGGCGGGCGAGGUGGUUCACGGGGUGCAUGCGGCCUGGCAGGAGGUGGAGCGGGUGCUGGCGGAGCAGCCCGUGGCGGCGGGCGGCGGGGAGAAGAAGCACGGAGCCAGGAAGGCCGCCGGGACCAGCGCCGGCGGCUCGCCGGCCGGCGACGGUGGAUCCGGAUCCGGGUUGGGCGGCGGCAGUGGAGGUCACAUGCCCAUGGAGUACCUGGUCAAGUGGCGCGAGCUGGGUUACGAGCAGUGCACCUGGGAGCAGGAGAGCGACAUUGCCGGAUAUGAGGACGCCAUCCGGCGAUUCCGAGAGUCCAGGUCGGUGAUUGAGGACGCGCGCGCUCGCAAGGCAGCGGCGGCUGCGGCGGGGCCGGCGCGCAAGAAGGCCCGAGUGGAGGACACCGGCGCUGCCGACGACGCUGCCGCCGCCGCCGCCGCCGCCGCCUCCACAGAAGCCCCCGGGGGCGAGGUGCAGGUGCAGGGGCAGGGCAGCCGCAAGUGGCACGCCACGCCCGACUUCCUCAGCCCCGCCGCGGGCUCGCUGCACCCCUACCAGCUGGAGGGCCUCAACUGGCUGUUCCACAAGUGGUGCGCCCGCGAGGCGGUCAUACUGGCGGACGAGAUGGGGCUGGGCAAGACCGUGCAGACCAUCGCCUUCCUGGCCGCGCUGCACGCCGAGUGCUGCGAGCUGCCGCACCUGGUGGUGGUGCCGCUGAGCACCAUGCGCAACUGGGAGCGCGAGUUCGCGGCCUGGGCGCCGCAGCUCAAUGUGGUGUCGCUGGCCGGCAACGCCGAGGCGCGAGCGAUUAUCCUGGAGUACGAGUUGUUCGUGCAGCCGCACAGCGGCAACAAGCAGCUCAAGCGGGCCGCCGGAGGCCACCGGCUCAAGAACAAGGACAGCAAACUGUUUCAACUGCUGACGCAGUUCGAUGUCAAGCACAAGGUAUUGCUCACCGGCACGCCGCUGCAGAACCACCUGGGCGAGCUGUUCAUGCUGCUUCACUUCCUGGAGCCCGACAAGUUCCCCUCGCGCUCCGCCUUCGAGGCCCGCUUCGCCUCGCUCAGCCACAACGAGGAGGUCAGCCAGCUGCACAGCCUGCUGCAGCCCCACAUGCUGCGGCGUCUGAAGGCGGACGUGAUGAAGCAGCUGCCUCCCAAGCAGGAGCAGUUGGUGCGUGUGGAGCUGAGCAGGCGGCAGAAGGACAUCUACAAGGCGCUGCUGCUGCGUCACAGCCAGGUGCUUGUGGGCAACCGGGCGGCGGUGGCGGCGGCGGGCGGCGGCCAGGCUGCUCUGAAGAACCUGGUGAUGGAGCUGCGCAAGACCUGCAACCACCCCUACCUCACUGGCAGUCCGGCGGAACAGGCGGAGGCGAGGGAGGACGACGCCGCGGACUCGCUGGCUGCGCUCAUCUCCGCCAGCGGCAAGCUGCAGCUGGUGGACGCCAUGGCACAGCGGCUCAAGGCGGCGGGGCACAGGCUCAUCAUCUUCUCGCAGUUCACCCGCACGCUGGACCUGUUGGAGGAGUGGCUCAACGGCCGCGGGCUGGGCUACAUGCGCAUAGACGGCACCGUCAGCGGCUCGGAGCGGCAGCGGCGUAUCGACCGCUUCAACCAGCAGCCAGACGCCUACUUCGCCUUCCUGCUGUCCACCCGCGCCGGCGGCCUGGGCAUCAACCUGGCCACUGCGGACACGGUCAUCAUCUUUGACAGCGACUGGAACCCGCACAACGACCUGCAGGCCCAGGCCCGCGCGCACCGGCUGGGUCAGGACAAGCCCGUCAUGAUCUACCGCCUGGUCACACGCCGGACCAUUGAGGAGCGCAUGAUGCAGGUGUCGCGCAAGAAGAUGAUGCUGGAGCACCUGGUGGUUCGCAAGAUGAGCUACGCGGGCGGCGGCGGGCCGGGCGGCGGCGGCGGCGGCGGCGAGCUCAAGCAAAGCGAGCUGGACGACAUCCUGAGAUACGGGGCGCAGGAGCUGUUUGCUGAGGACGAGGAUGAGGGCUCGCCCGCGGGCAAGGAAGGGGGCGAGGCCGCGGAGGGGGGCGAGGCGGCGGCGGCGGCGGAGGGCAAGGCGGAGGGCGGUGAGGUGAAGGCGGAAGGCGGCGAGGACAAGGACGCCUCCAAGCCGGCCGCCGGCACCGCACCGGGCACCGCCCCGGGCACCACCACGGGCGCCGCCUCCUCCUCCUCCUCCAAGCGCAUCGUGUGGGAUGACGCCGCCAUAGAGCGCCUGCUGGACCGCUCCGGCCUCAACGCCCUGAGGAACUACGGCGAGUCGGUGGCGGCGGACGAGGCGGGCGGAGGAGGAGGCGGCGGAGGAGGAGGAGGAGGAGGGGCCGACAUCUUCUCCGCGUUCAAGGUCGCCAAUUUUGACAUGGUGGAGGUGCUGCCGGAUCCGGAGCCGGAGCCAGAGCCGGAGGCGGCGGCAGCGGCGGGUGGCAGCGGCGCGCCUGAUGAGGCGCUGGUUGCGGGGCUGUGCCCGGAGCAGGGCGGGGAGGCGGGCCCGGCGUUCUGGCAGUCGCUGCUGGCGGGCCGCACGGACCUGGCUGCGGGCGAGGCCGAGGUGAUGGCGGCGGCGGUGGCGGCGGCACAGGCGCGCAUGGGCAAGGGCCACCGCCAGCGCAAGAAGAUCUCCUACCGCGACGUCGCCGGCGAGAACACCAGCUCCUCAUCCGACUCGGACGACCGCCUGUCCGGCUCCUCAUCCGAUGAGGAAGAAGACGGCGAGCCGCCGGGCGCCGGAGGCGCCGGAGGCGCCGGCGGCCCCGGCGGCGCCGGAGGCGGCGGCGUGCCCGGCCACGUCAGCAAACAGAUGCUAGCAGCCAUGAUGGGGCAGGGGGUCCGAAGUGCGGUGGAGGCCUUCGCGGCGGCGAGGCCGGACGUGUGGAGGCAGCUGGUGGCGGCGCCGCUGGCGCCGGGCAGCUCCGCCGCCGCCGCGGCGGCGGCCGCCGCCGCCGCCGCCCUGGUGGGCGCCGCCGGCGCGCAGGCGGCUGCGCCGCCUGCGGCGGCGGCAGCGGCGGGAGCAGCGGGGGCGGCGGGGGCGGCGACGCUGCCGCCGCUCAAGUCGGGGAACGGCACGACACUGCAGGUGUACGGUCUGAACCCACGUGACCGCUCCACCUUCAUCGCUGCCCUCAUGCGCUUCGGGCUGCAGAUCGCGGACGGGCAGCCCGACGAGAUGUACCGCGCCUUCGCCGCGCGCCUGCCGCACCGCCCGCCCGCCGCCGUGCGCGAGUACACCAACCUGCUGGUGGCGGCACUGUCGGAGCCGGUGGGCGCGGGCGGAGCCUGGAGCAACGGGCUGAGGCCGGAGGACCUGCUGGGGCCGCACAGGGCCACGGACGUGCUGGAGCGCAUUGGCUUCCUGCACCUUGUCCGCCGCAAGAUGGCGGAGUACCGCAACCGUACGGCACUGGUGGACGAGCCCGGGCAGCCCGACUUCAAGCUGAAGGAGGCGGGCCGGGUGCGGGCCCUGUCUGCACCAGGCCGGGUGUGGCGGCCGCACCACGACGGCUACCUGCUGCGGGGGCUGCUCAACUACGGCUACGGCCAGUGGCAGCGCAUCAUUAAGGACCCGGGCCUGGGUGUGCGCGAGGCCCUGCGCGGCGAGCUGGGAGUGCCCGUGGACUACGACACCCUGGUAGCGGCGCCGGCGGGGGACAAGGAGGCGGGGGGCAAGGAGGGCGGCAAGGAGGGCGGCAAGGAGGGCAAGGCGGAUAAGGAGGAGGGCGGCAAGGAGGACGGUGCCAAGGCGGAGGGCGCGGCCGUCAAGACGGAGCCGGGGCAGGAGGACGGCACGGAUGGGGGUGUGGAGAUGGCGGAUAAGGCGGAGAAGGAAGAGGCGGCGGGCACGCAGCCCGAGGGCACGCAGCCCGAUGGCACGCAGGGGGAUGCCGGCACAGCUACACAGCCCGAUGCCAUGGACGUCGACGGCGACGCCGCCGGGGCCUCCUCGCCGGCGGCGGCUGGCGUCGUCAAGAGCGAGGGCGGCGGCGGCGGUGGCGAGACUUCGCCACCUCCGACCGGUGCCACUGCCACUGCCAUCACGAAGGAGAAGGCCCGCGCCUGGUCCUCCAAUGAGAGCCGCUGGAUCACACGCAGGCUGGCGGCGAUCUCGGAGGCCCUGAACCUCGAGUACCUGGCCGUGCCCGCCGCCGUCGCCAAGGCGGCGGCGGGCGCCGCCGCCGCCGGCCGCAUCGUGCCCGCGCCGUCGUCGCUUGUGGCGGCGACCGCCGCCGGCGCCGCCGGGCUGCACCGCGCGGCGGCGGCGAUGCAGCUGCUGCACCAGAACGCGGCGGCCAAGGCGGCCGCCGCCGCCGCCGCCACCGCCGCCGCCGCCCGGGGCGCCGCCAACAAGCCGAAGGCGGCUGCAGCGGCGGGCGGCGCCGCCGGCGCGCCGCCUGCGGCGGCGGCGGCGUCCGUGACUGACGCCUUCCUGACCAACCUGUUGCCUGUUGUGGACUUUCCGACGGCGCCGGCGGCGGAGCGGGCUCUGAAGCGGCAGCUGAUUGAGCAGUACAACGCCCUGGUGCGCACCGUGGCCACCAUCCGCCACGAGACAGCCACGGCGGCGCAGCGGGCGGCCACGGAGGGGACCGCGGCGCUGGGGCAGGCGGCGGAGCGGUUCCGGCUGCAGGUGGGUGUGCUGGAGGCAUACGCCACACAGAUGCUGGUGAUGCUGCCGCCCGCCGGACAGACCAUGGCACAGGCCGCGCCCACCCUGCUGGCGCGGCUGCAGCAGGCGGCGGCGCAGCAGCGCGCGCAGCAGGUGGCGGCGGUGGCGGCGGCGCAGCAGCGGGUGGUGCAGCACGUGGCGGCGGCGGCGGCGGCGCGGCAGCAGCUGCAGCAGCGGCAGUCGGCAGGAGCGGCGGCAGCGGCUGCAGGGCCGGCGGGCGCGGCGGGGGUAGGGAAGGCGUCAGCGUCGCCGCCGCCACCGGAGGCGCCGGCGGGGGCGGGGGCAGUGGCAAAGCCAGGGGCAGGGGAGGUGCAGACGGAUGUGGAGGUGGUUGGGGAGGCGGCUGGGACGCAAGGCGAGGCGGCGGCUGGGGUGAAGCAGGAGGCGAUGCAGGAGUGAGGGUCGGUCGGGGCUGGGGCCUGGGACUGCACGGCUGCAGCAAUGUCGCGGAGUGAGAGACCGGCUGGACGCGGCGGCAGGCAGGGAUGCAGUUGCUGCGUGGUGCGUAGCUAUGCGAGCUGCUGGGGUCCUGUUGCUUUUGGAAUGACUCGAUCUUUGAGGGACUGGAUGUGGACUGGAUGUAGCACAUCGUUCAACUGACUGCGGACUGACCAGUGGCUUUCGGCGAUUGUAAGGUCCAAACGCC